AUGCCCUCUUCCUCCUCGUUCGUGUCGGCGGAGGCGGAGACGAGGAACUGGGCGGAGCUGCCGCUGGACGCGAUCUCAUCCAUCCUCCACAAGCUCGGCCAUGUCGACAUCCUGAUGGGGCCCGGCCAGGCGUGCCGCUCCUGGCGCGGCGCCGCCCGCGACGAGCCCGAGCUGUGGCGCCGCAUAAACAUGCUAGGCCACGCCGAUCUCUCCCGCCAGCUCAACCUCCACGGGAUGGCGCAGGCCGCCGUCCGCCGCAGCGCGGGUAGGUGUGAGGCGUUCUGGUGUGAGCACGCCGGCGGCCACGGCUUCCUCCUCCGCCUCACCGACCAGGCACCAUCUCUCAAGAGUCUUCACCUCGUUUCAUGCUAUACAUCUAGUGAUGAAGCACUUACGGAGGCGAUAGUGAAAUUCCAUUUGCUUGAGGAGCUCGAGCUUGCAUUGUGUUCAAAUGUGGGUGGGAGUGGCGUGUUGGGGGUUGUUGGCAAAGCAUGCCCACAACUGAAGAGCUUCAGACUGAUUAAGGAUGUGUUGUAUGAUUCUGAAGCUAGUGACUACGACAAGGAUGAUGAAGCCAUGGGGAUUGCAACCAUGCGUGGGCUAUGCUCUUUGCAGCUGUUUGGCAAUGGCCUGACAAAUAAAGGACUGACAGCUAUCCUGGAUAAUUGCUGCCACCUGGAGUUCCUUGACAUUCGUCACUGCUUUAACGUCUACAUGGACAACACCCUGCGCACAAAGUGUGCUAGGAUAAGCACACUUUGGCUCAUCCUGCCAAAAUUGGGUGAUGUCGGCAUGAGAGAGCAAUUUAUUCGCCCACAAGCAUCUGAUAGGGGAUUUCCAAGAAUAAUAUCUUCCUCAUCCAUGGAUGCUCGGGGUGAUCUUUCUGCCAUUGAGAAUCAGGUGCACAAGCUAAUCGAUGGUUUGAGAAGCGAUUCCAUAGAAGGUCAAAGAUCAGCGACAUCAGAGAUUCGCCUUCUAGCUAAGCACAACAUGGAGAACAGGAUUGUCAUUGCAGAUUGUGGGGCUAUAAACUUGCUGGUUGGUCUUCUUCAUUCACCAGAUGCCAAGAUCCAAGAAAAUGCAGUGACAUCCCUCCUCAAUCUGUCCAUCAGUGAUAACAAUAAGAUUGCCAUCAUGAAUGCAUAUGCUAUUGAUCCUCUCGUCCAUGUCCUGGAAACAGGGAACCCUGAAGCUAAAGAGAAUUCAGCAGCUACUUUGUCCAGUCUCUCGGUUAUUAAAGAACACAAAGUGAGGGUUGGACGAUCUGGUGCCGUCAAGCCUCUCGUGGACUUCCUGGUAAGUGGGACCCCGCAAGGAAAGAGAGAUGCAGCUAUUGCAUUGUUUUAUUUAUCCAUACUUGAUGAGAACAAGGGUCGCAUUGUGCAAGCUAAUGCGGUGAAGCAACUAGUUGAGCUUAUGGAUCCUGCUCUUGGAAUGAUCGACAUAGCGGUAGCUGUCUUGGCAAAUCUUGCUACGAUACCAGAAGGGAGAACUGCGAUUGGGCAGGCGCGAGGUAUUCCAGCUCUUGUUGAAGUUGUCGAACUGGGUUCAGCGAGAGGGAAGGAAAAUGUUGUUGCAGCAUUGCUUCAGCUAUGCAAAAACAGUAACAGAUCUUGCAGCAUAGUUCUUCGAGAGGGUGUUUUGCCCCCUUUAGUCACACUGUCACGGUCAGGAACACCACGAGCAAGAGAGAAGUCACAGGCUCUUCUCAGCUACUUCCACAGCCAGAGACGUGGGAACUCAGGAAGGGGAUGA